AUGCGAGACACAUGUUCGUUAUGCCGUAGCCGAUUGUCAACAACAGUUUCAACCACAGAGAAACCGAAGCAGGACGUGACCGCGAUGCCGUUGCCGGUUAGCACCAGCACGCAGCAAUCCUCUCAGUCGCAGAGCACGCCGGAUCCGUAUCUGACUCAUUUCGAUCCACGUUCCGAGCACCAGAGCUACAAGCAAGCGCAAAUGAGGCUCGAGGAGGUGCACAAGGAGAAAGUGACAAAAGUGAUGAAGGACUGGAGUGAUCUCGAGGAGAAGUAUCAGGACAUUCGUGCCCACGACCCGGUAGCCGCCGACGCUUUCAAACGAUGGAUGACCGCCCGGUUCCAGGAGACGGUCGCCGCUCUAGAAGAGAGCGGUGCCGCGGAGAAGCAUCAGUUGAGCGCUAUGCAUCAGCAACGAGUACAAAUCCACCGAAUCCAGAAAUGCCUCCAGAAAUUGCUUCGAGCUCUCCACAAAGACAGGCACCACACCAUUGCCCAUUACAAACAUCUGCUGGACAGCAGCUUGGAGCAAGCUCAACGCGAGAAGCCAGCAACGUUGGAACACUUGGCAGAGAUCGAUAGAAUCACCAAUCAGAGUCUGUUGAUGUUAGAACGGUAUCCUGAUUUAAGCGCGAAAAUUGGCCGGCUUAUGGAUGAUUACGUUUUGGCCCUCAGGAGCAAAGAUGAGACUCCUGGACUGCUGCUAGCGAUGACGCGAGAAGCGGAGGCAGCCAUUUUAGAUAAAUAUCAGGCUGACGUUACCAGUAAGCAACAAGUGCGCAAGGAGCAACGCAAAGCUGAACGCGGCGAAUUACGUACAGAGCAGGCGCAGCAAGAAGAGAACGACUCGAUAAAUGACAACAAGGAUAGUCAGCAACAGCCAGAACAGCCAUCCGCAGUGGCAGCUAUGCACAGUGAAGGACUUGUAAGGGCAGCUCACAGCAUGACACAUGACAUUUCCCACUCUGAACCGGGUUACUCUGUAAGAAGGGAGAUAUACCACAGGGAGAGUCGAUCAGUGUAUUUCACAUUGGCGUUCGCUGGGAUCGCACUCAUGGCUGCAGCGGUAGUAGGUGUAGCAGUAUUCAAAAGGCGCAGUGCAAGAAGCCCUCACAGUCAGGGAUUCAUUGAAGUCGACCAAGCAGCUACACCAGAGGAGCGGCAUGUCGCAAACAUGCAGAUCAAUGGAUACGAAAAUCCUACAUAUAAAUACUUCGAGAUCAAAGAAUAA